UGAAUAAAUAAUGACACUGAACCAAGAAAAUUAUCAAUUCAUUAAAUUCUUAACAGUGUGUUACCAGAAUUUGGGCAUGAAAUGUGUUUCUUCGGAAGACACAUUCAAAGAUGGUUGCUAUAUAGACUGAUCAAGUGGUGUUCUGGUUGGAAGGUCAUGGCUUGAGGUCAUGAUAUUCUAUUGGUGGCUCAUAACACUGGUUAUUUCAUAUGUUAUUACACUACUUAAUAAUCCAUUUACGACACAAUGAGGAUUAUGGAUGGAUGGGACAACUCACUUGAGCCGCGACGAGCUCUCUUGUUUUGAUGAGACUAGUAUAGUAGUCCGUUUCGAUAUCACGCGGAACGUAUCGUUUCUAGUUCAUUCCGGGGCCGUACAAUCAGCGGUAAGACGGAUUUGCCGUUGAUGAAGUUGAGACAUCUACGAAUGCUUACUUAUGUUACCAAUCUGCCAACAGAAGAGCACUCAAUCCGGAGUAGAUUUGGACAUUUAUAGUGACUUCGCUUUGAAUGAGACUUCGAGAUAGAGGUUUGUCCAAUCUGUCUUAUCAGAUUACAGCACUAUGUUGGAAACACCUAGGAAAAAGGUCCCAAAGGGAUAUGAAAAUGGAAAGAAGGGCAAUGGACAGGCGAAGCCAGGAACAAAACAAGACAAAAGUACACCAAGAAAGAACGAGAGCCACCCAGGCAAGAAAGGUGAUGGCAAAAAACCAAAGAAGUUGAAAGUCCGCCUCAAACAGGAACCAGAAAUCAUAGAGGAAGCGGAAGUAGUAAAGCCCGUAUUGAUCUUCCCAGGACUUAUUAACGAAGCAACUAGGCUAUCUUUGAGCUCCCCCUUACGAGACACGCUGGAAAUAUUCUAUCUGGAUGUUGGGCACGUUCCAGAGCAGACAAUUUUGAACAUAAAACAGGAAUUCGAAGACAUAUUCCCACAGAUUCAGAAGAAGUUGACAAAAGUUAAAUCCUUUUUGAAAUUUGUGAAUCCGGUAGUACCGGAUUUUUCAGGGAAUGACGUCAUCACGGAUGGUGAAUUGGAAAUUUUUCUUCCAUUUAAACCCCCAACCUACAAAGAGGCACACUUGGAGCCUGGUUAUAUGACUGUUGUCGUCGGAAGAAGAAAGCGCGACAUCGAUGAGGACGAUACUGGUACCACGGAAAUGUUCAGAUCUCGUCUUACGACAGAUUCGAUUCAUGUUUCCCCAAUAAUUGUCUGCCAAAUAUUAUAUGAGGGACUCAUUCCCCCUCCUCCCAAAGAGAAAAAGGGUAAGAAAAGGAAGAAGGGAGACGCAAUAGAAUUGACUGGAGCAGACGAUAUCAAUGAUGGCCGCGCUUCCAUUGCUUCUUUCCCGCGAGGCCGUAGUUCUGUAGAGGAAGACACACCCCGAGGUGGUGACACUUCGAGGGCCUCUGUGGGACCUCCAGUAACACCAAGAACAGACAGAAGUGAUAGUAUCGCGAUGGUGGCAGGAGAAAUUGAAAUCAGAGGUGGUGAAGACGAAUUGAGUCAUACGAGGGAAGAUGUCGUCGAAAGUAGGAAGAGUAACGGAAGGACAGCCUCUCGAAUUAGUGGCAAGGGGACGCCAAGUGCAAUGGAAACAGUCAGUGGCUCUAGGCCUCCUAGCAUCAAUCGAAGUGUUGGAUCUGGUGUUGCGCCAAGUCAGACAUAUCUGGGUGAGGAUGAGGAUAGAUUAAUGGAAACAGGAAGGGAAAGUAUUGACAGAAAGGAGGAGAUGGCGAUCAAAGUGGAACCUUUUGUCAUUGACAAGUGUGGUGCGAAGGUGGUCAUUGCGCACAAAUCUCUCCGAAUUCGCCUCGUUCCUUGUCUAACCGUGAGACCCGGAGACGAGGUACCCGAACAUGACCUUCUUGUCAGUAAACCUUUCGAACAUGAUGAGAACCCACAAUCACACAUGCUAUGGCGACAAUCGUGUCUCACGCGUGAGCGGGUGAUCACGCGUUCUAUGACACGAGCAGACGGUGGCGUAAGACUCAAAGCGUUGAGGACAAUGAUAGCACUUGCGAAAAUAGACCCUGGUUUAGACGGGUUAACGCCUUAUAUAAUAAAGACGGCUCUUCUGCACAAUUUUGACAAUAUCAUUGACGUGACGCCGCGCUGGCAGCGGAACAGUAUCGAGAACUGUUUUAUACCCCUCCUGAAGGACCUGUCGUCUGCUUUCAGGAGCCGUCGUCUGUUUCACUUCUUUCUCAAAGAUUUCAAUGUUUUGGAUGGUAUCCAUCCGACUGUCUAUGCCAGGAUCAGAAGCAGGCUGGCUCUGCUUGCGUCAAGCGAUGCUGCACUCAUAAGAGCACUUAAGAGGAGAUAGCUGAUAAGGGAAAGUUAUGUUGCAGCAAGUUGGUCCAAUUGACUGGUCCUCGUGUCAGCGUAUAAAGCACCGGCGAGACAUCUCGUGGUAAGCUGACGAACUAUGUCACGCUGUCUUCCGCGGUGAAUCACCGAGGCUGACGAAUGUGCUCGUGUCGAUCCACCAGUUGUGACACUGUGUGUGCGCUCUUUUGUGUCUCAAACGUUUCUGGAUUAGGUUGGAGAAUUGAUAUAAAGCGCUUUGUUACUGUUGUAAGACGUAAACCGCAAUAUACAAGAACUUUAUAGAUGCUAAUGAAUAAACUAUAGUAAAGUUGUACUAUCAUACUAUGCGAGACGCUUUGGUUUCUCUCAUGAGGACAGAAAUUCCUUUCACAUCGGAAACACAGACCAUGAGGCCCUUUUAAGAAAAAGGCAGGAACAGUCUUAUGUAAGUCAUAAAUAAAAUACAGUUAUAAAGUGUUGGUGAGAAAGAUCAGCGGUUGUCGCGUGUUUUGAGACUAAGACUUAUCCGUCUAUAGCCCCAACUGUUAGUCCUACCAGUCCAUAACAAAAAUGCAAUAUUAAGUCCGAUUAAACAAACUAGUCUAAUUCGUAGGCGUCAUAUCGACAUUUUGGUUUGUAAUUUCUUGCCUGAUUGCUUGAUUAUGUAAUGAUAUGGAUUUGUUGUUGCUGGUAACUCGUGCUUUAAGAAUAAUAUCUACGAUAUUGGUCACAACCUGGUCUCGAUUAAUACUUUCUACAAUAGACUUUGCUACUGCUAUAUAGGCAGUUAUUUGGGCUGUAACUUCGUAUAAUUCAAAUCCAUGGUUAAUAAGUACUUAUGAAUUGCCUCCAGCUGGUCUCUGUGUACUUAACCAUUUGCCCUUAUAACUAGAGAAAUCUGGUCGUUGGAGCUGACGGCACAAUCAGACGGCGUUU